CAGGUUGGAGCAUAGCAGAGCAACAUCUCCAUCAUCAUAUCCUUUCCCUCUCUCUUCUCCAUGUAAACAACCAAAUCAAAACCAAGAUGAGAGCUGCUGCUCCUCCCGCUGCUGCGCUGCUCUCGCGCUGCUCCUCUCCCUUCGCCUCGGCCCCGCGCCUCCUCCUCUCCUGCUCACGAGCCCCGGAAGCCACUGCCUGCCGCCCGGCUCCGGCCUCCGCCGUCGCCCGCUCCGUCUCCGUCUCCGUCGAGGCGCCGGCGGCCGCCGCGGAGCCGGCGUCGGCGGGCGUGGACGCCGCGACGCAGCGCCGCCGCCUCAUCCUCCUCCGGCACGGGGAGAGCGCCGCAGGGGGGCGCUCCACGAGAGAUCAUGACAGACCACUAAGUAAAGCUGGAAGAGCUGAUGCAAUCAGUGUUUCUAAUAAACUUCAACAGAUGGGUUGGAUACCUGAGCUUAUUCUAUGCAGUGAUGCUACUCGUACAAAGGAAACUCUUAAGAUCCUGCAAGAGCAUGUUCAGGGGUUGUCUGAAGCAGUAGUGCAUUACAUCCCAAGUUUCUACUCAAUUGCUGCAAUGGAUGGUCAAACUGCAGAGCACUUGCAAAAGGCAAUCUGUGAAUAUUCUAGUGAUGAGAUCCUAACUGUCAUGUGCAUGGGACAUAAUAAAGGAUGGGAGGAAGCAGCCUCUAUGUUUUCUGGUGAUUCAGUAGUGCUCAAGACAUGUAAUGCUGCACUGCUAGAAGCUGUAGGGAAAUCAUGGGUUGAGGACCCCCACACCCCCUAGCCUGGGUAGGCUCCGCGAGGCUCAAGGAGUGAAUCAUCAAGAUUGAAGAAAAAUCAGUCAGAGGAGGCCCACUAGCCAUCCUCCGCAUGCAAGGAAUUGACUGGCAUUUAACGUUAGUGUAAGUAGGAGUCGACUGACACCUUAGUAGUGCGGUGCCGCAAUAGGCGACCGGUCGAGCACCACGCCUUUUGGAUCACUUGCGUCUCUGUAUUUGCUAUAGUAGAUAAUAUCUUCUGAUUAGAGGUAAAUGCAUCCUACUUAGACUCAUACCGUGUGAUUCGACCGGUCCUGUGUCCAUGUGGGAUGGCGAUGGUGUGUAUCACUAUUUCUGUAAGGUUAUACUUAUAUAUUUACCCCUUGAAUUGCACUAUAAAUACCGACCUUUGGCCAUCAAGCCAAGAGACGAAUCCUUGAACGAUCAAUACAUAUGUUUUCCC